CUGUCUUUGCAGUUUAAGUUGAUUAAACUAACUUGAUGGAUCUUAAAGAGACACAGUUAAAAUAAAAACCUUGAUUUACACAUUUGUUCUAGAAUGCCCGCCCACAGAUCUGUGUUACCUUUUUAUAAACUCGUCCAUGCAGCUGCUUGAUGAAUACAACACUGAAGGUGACACGGUCAAAAUAAAAUAAGCUGAUUCCUUAUUUUCUUUUCAUUUUCUUAGAAGCGUUGAUGUGGUCAGUUAAAGGAACAAAAAUAAGAACACCCCUCCUCUUCAUGUUGAAGGUGCAUCCUUCCUGGGUACAUUUCACUUACAGACAUUGCAGAGCUGCAGUCAUGCACACAAUGAUGAACUUUACCAUGAUAACAGCUUUAAUGCUCUGCAGCCUCAGCUGGAUCUCUGUCUCAGUGUCUGAGUCUCAGAUUGUGAAGGCUCAGCCUGGUCAAGAAGUCACACUGCUGAUCUCCAACAUUUCUAAACAUGAAACUGUGACGUUCUGGUUCAGACUGGUCAACAAGACCAAGGUCAGCUGUAUCUCAGUUAUGCCCCGGUCUGACAGUAAAGCUGAUUUCUGUGAUGGAUAUAAAACUGGAAAUUUUGAAAUGAGAUCCAACAUCUCCACUGUCUAUCUCAAAAUCAAACGAGUGGAUGUAUCUGACUCUGGACAGUAUUUCUGUGGAUUUUACACAAGUGGACGUAUAACUUUCACUGAGUUUCAGUAUUUAAAGGUUGGAGAAGGUGAUGGAAUCACUGAGGCCUUAGACUCUACAGCAGAGGCUGAUGGAAUAACAAAGCUGAUGAACAUGAUCCUGGGUGGUUUAACUGCUUUCCUUGUAAUCGUCAUUGGCCUUGUUGUUACCAUCAUGAAACUUCCAGCAGCUGCCAAUGAGGAAAAGAAUCCACAACAGCCUGAGAACAUGAGCUCUGAUUACGCUGAUGAGAUUGUAUUCACCAACAAUAAGAAACAGGAGGCCUGCAUCAGAGAGAGAAGAGGAGACUCAUGUUAUUUACACUGCCAGCAGAGAGACUCAGAGUGGAACUAAUCCAUGAAUAGUGGCUGACUUUCUCUGUUUAAGCAGAUACUUCUGAUCAAGUUCUACAUUUGUAUAAACACAACAUCAGUGUAAAGACUGGACAUUAUAACUGUGAUGUAAAUAUGUUUAAUGUGUCAAUUAAAAAUACAAUUUAUCUUAGAAGAAUGAUAGUUGUAUUUAUAAAUAUUUAUGACACCCAUGUGUUCAGUGUUCCACUCUGCUCUGUGGUUACAAAUAGCACUGUGUGGCAUUAGUGAGAUAUAUGUAUCUUCACACUUCUGACAGACUCACAACACUAGUUUAUCUUCACUGUGUAUAAACAUGAAUAAGACACCUGAAGCAGCGUGACACUUUAAUAUCCUCAUAUGAAACCACUCUGCCCAAGACUGUACAUGUUGAACACACGACAGAUCACAGCAAAACUACAGCAGAAGCAACUCACAUAUCACACCUGUUGUAUUUAAUGACUAGGGAACACAGCUAUCAUAAUAAUAAAGCAACUUUCACACACACAUUGUUAAUUAAAGCACAGUAACUGUUUGACUGUCUGGACCUCGACAAGGAAAGCUGACACUAAACAGAUGAGAUGUCAGCCAGGAUAUUCGACUUAGGAACAGUCACAGAAACUGAUGAGACCUCGACCGGACCCCCCAACACUGGAACAGGUGCAUUAUCAGCCAGGACAGUCAACUCAGGAGCAGAAGAGACUUUGACUGGACCCCCAGACACUGAAACAGGUGAAACCAGGUGGCUCGCCACAGGAACUGACACAGGAGACA